AUGAAAGACCGAGUUCUAGUAUCGAAGUAUGUAGGUCUCUACCUAUUAGUUGGAAUUGCUCAUACCGCAACUAUUCCAAACUACAAACCAAACCACCAAGAAAUAGGCCGAUUAGAAAAUUUCGCGAAGAGAAACAACCAACAUGAGAUCUCUACAGAAAAACACCAUCUCUCAAAAAGAAGUCCUGCUCCUCCAUAUUCUCCUGGAGGUAGCAACGAAAACAGUCUCGACGAAAUUGACCCUAGAGGCGACAGGAGGCCACUCAAUAGAGAGGAGGAUGAAGAAAGCAAUGGACCAUGGGAUAUGUUUGGAAACGUAUCACCAGGUACUCUAGGUGUCUUGAGAACACAUACAGACCUAGUUCAGAACCUGGCUCCUCAAAAUGUUGGGCUUGGACCUGGACUUGGACUUGGACUCCAGGUUCCACGACCAGCUAUUAAUAAUAAUGCUGGCGCAGGGAAUGCUCCUCAGCAGGCCGCUCGUCAGAAUGGAGAAAGUGGCUCCGAGGCUGAAGAAGAAGAAGAAGAGAAAGCAGCUACUGAAAUCGAAGAAGAAGAGAAAUCAAAUACUAAAAUCGAGGAAGAAGAGAAAUCAAAUACUGAAAUAGAGGAAGAAGAAAAAGAAGCUACUGAUAGUCUAGAAAAUUAUGGCCAAGAUCAAAGCUCUCAGCGUUCGAUUUCACAUGCAAACAGCGCAAGUUUGCAGUCGCCAAAUUACUUUCUCCCAAACGUGCAGCCCAAUCUUGCAGAUCUGAACCGUCGACCUUAUUUACUAGAAUCGCCGGAUAUAAACAGCAGAUUCGCACCUUCAAGUAAUAGUGGUGGCCGUAGCCGCAGUUCCCCAACCCGACAGGGUCGAAGGAUGUCUGGACUGUUCGGCGAUUUCGAUCCAUCGACAAUUCGUGAUGCAUCCGGGAAUAAUCAACUAUAUCGUGCGAAUCGAAAUAGAGGACAAAGUUUCUCGUCGCCGACUAGUGACAUUUUGGACUUUGGUGGCAAUUCUCUGCUGAGUCGUUUUAACAGCGGGGAGGGUCCAUUGAUGCGACCAAUCACUCUUAAUUUUGACCAUGAAAGUGCGUAUCCAAAUAUACAAACAAACCAGGUGACAGAAACGCGGGAUGAUUUAUUUAGUCAGAGUCUGGAUGACGAAUUUCUACCCCCUCGUAGCCUGACAGGAUUUCAGGCAAACCAGCCUCGGAGGAACGACCAGCCAUCUCGUGGAACAGCAAUAAUCGAUAUAACUGGUGGGUUGGGUGGGCCGCCUAUUUACAGACAAGAAGAAGUGAAAGAAGAGAGUGAUUCCAAUAGCUUGAAUAGCCAGGAAACUUAG